CCCUCCCUGACGGUUGUGUGGAUUGCACGCGCGUUUACGUCGCUCGGCCACGAAUUUACGUUAACUUUUCAAUUUGCUUACGUAAAACUAUUUCUAUUUACGUAAAAUAUUAAACUGUUGCAAGUUUUUAGUGCAGUGAUAAUGGUGCUGGCUGACUUCUUGACGGAGACGCGGAGAAAAUGGUUGCAGGCGUUCAAACUCUUCAAACGCAACAAGAACCGCAAGAGCGCACGCAAUCGUGUGUCGCCUGCCCUCGUGCGGUCCCCAUCAUACAGCGGCACCGUGGACGCCGCCCCGGAGAUAGACCUGCAGCGCUUCUGUCCCUGUCGCACAUCCCUGCCGCCCAUACGAGUAAACGAGGCGUUCGAGAACAACGAGUCCUACUACAGCAGCUACGACAGCUGCGACUCACAGAACGACAGUCUGCAGAGCUACAGCAACCAGUCGAGUCGCUGGGACUCUGCGUACGGGUCACACAGGAGCAGUCCGCAGCGGACGGUGUGCUACGCCGCCGUCACCUACUGCAGUGCUCUCGACAGCGAUGACAGCAGCAGCAUCCACACAGAGUAUACUCUACUCGACGCAGAGCCCGACAAUGAGCACGCGCAGAAUAUACUCAACGAGUCGCGCGAGAUUGUUCUGGAAGCUGCUCUCGCUGAACAGCCGUGUUGUAACUCUGUGUCGCAUUGACAACACAGAUUGAGCAUACUAUGCUGGUCGCAGGUAUCUUAGGUAUAAUUUACUAUUUAACUCAAUAUUAUAUUAUGUGAAGAGAAACCAAAUAUCUUUUCCUUGAAUCUGAAUCAUGGACUAAAAUUUUCCACAUAUAUAACAUAUAACAUUUAUCUAAUGUAAAUAGUGUAAAAAACUUAUACUUUCCCUUCUUUAAUAGAGAAAGUAUACGUUUGUGUAUUACUAGCUAGUAAUAAUAGCUAUUGUAUGUAAUUAAUCAUAUCCUAUUAGCAUAACUUGCGACUCAGACUGUUUGAAGUUAAUAAUAACAAUCAAAUUGAGUUUAUAAGAUUGUGAAGACCUUGGAAUAACAACUUUGUUAUCGUUUGUACAGCAUCUUGGGUAAAUCAAAGUUGAAGCUUUAUAUAACUAAAAGAAGAUUCAAACCUUAAUUGAUUUCAUGCUUUUUACUUUUAUCGUGAUUUUAUUUUUAAUUCCUUUUUCUAAUUCCGACCUUUUUUGAUGCCCUUAGAAUAUUUAAGGGACUAUCUUUAAAGUAUCAACUAUUUGACAAAAAUAUGGAUAAAUGAAUUUAUCGGAAGUUUUGACUUUCAUCCCCUUCCCCAACUCAAAAAAAAAAACAUUUUUGGCUUUAGCUUCGAUUAUAAAAGGCCCUCCUCCAACAAAAAUGAUUCGACAUAUAUACUUUAACAUUUUAUUAUGAGUUAGCUAUUAUUUCGUCUAUAGUUAUAAUAUAAGACGAUUGAUAAUAAUAUAUUAUACUAAAGGAAUAAUAAAUAUCUGCUCCAUAAGAAUUAUAACGAAUAAUUCUGUAAUCAUAGCUAUACGAAUAUAAUAAAUAUAAAAUAUUUAAAUUAGUAAGCAAAUAAUUUAUCGUAUAUGAAAAUAAAAACCUUGUACAAUGUCUUCGUUUUAGAGCGUAAUCUAUACUAAUAUUAUAAAGCUGGAGAGUUUGUUUGUUUGUUUGUUUGAUUGAACGCGCUAAUCUCAGGAGCUACUGGUCCGAUUUGAAAAAUUCUUUCAGUGUUAGAUAGCCCAUUUAUCGAGGAAGGCUAUAGACUAUAUAUUAUCCCCGUAUUCCUACGGGAACAGGUACCACGCGGGUGAAACCGCGCGGCGUCAGCUAGUUAUUAAUAUUUAUCAAUCAGCCCAAGGUAAUAAUCCUACCUUUAAGUAUUUUAAAAUUUUCACUGCCACCUUAAUACAUUUAAACACUGUGAUUUUGUAAAGUGUUUUUUAGGUAGCAUGGGUACGAUGACAGUUCGUUUCACUUUUGAAAGUUUGCCGCGAUUCACGAUAAUAUUAUGAACGUCUGUCUGAACUGUCACCGUACUCAUGCUAUCUGAAAGACAAUAUAGCGUCUAUAACGUGAAACUGUGAAAUAUGACGUCUUGCGAUCAUUCAUAGAAAUUGUAUAAUUCUACUUUCGGUAGACGGUUUUACUUUGGUUUUAAUUGAAAGCUCAUGUGGGAAUAAUAUGGGAAAAACAUAGCCUAUAUAACAAUCGCAUAUAAUUAAUAAUGGCUUUCUAUUGGUAAAGGAAUUUUCAAAAUCGGUCCAAUAGACAUAUCCAGAUAUUACCGCCUACAAACUUAACCUCUUCAUAAUAUUAGUAUAUGUAAAUGAAUUUUGGAUUUACAAACACAAAGCUAAACCGACCUACUGAUGUAAAAUAACUACCAAGGUACUAAGUAAAACCUAAUUUGUAUAACACUGUAAAAGGUUUAAUUUUUGUGUAGGUUUGCUCAUAACAUUAUGUUUGUCUGGGGUGUGCAUAUUUUUCUUCCAAUGAAAUCAUUCCACAAGAAAUAACAACAAUUUUGUUUUGUCAAAUUAUUAUUAGGUUUUUAGCACAUUUUAAUGAGAGCAAUAAUGAGAUAUACCAAGCUAUACAAUAUGGCAGAUAUUAUAUAUAUACUAGCGGACGCCCGCGACUUCGUCCGCGUGAAAGUCGAUGUAAACUUUCAACUACCCCUACUCUAGCCCCACCCUACCCUAUCCCUACCCUAUCCAUACCCUACCCCUACCUUACCUCUACCCUACCCCUACCUCUACCCUACCCCUACCCUACCUCUACCCUACACCUACCCUACCCUUACCCUACCCUACCCUACCCUACCCUAACCCUACCCUAUCCCUAUCCUACCCCUACCCUACCCCUAAUUUUCUUUGCUAUAAACCUCACGGAGCCCGAGACCUUUCCAACGAAUGCUAAACCGUGGAAAUCGGUUCCUGCGUUCUGGAGUUAUAGCGUUAGGAAGGAAAACCCGACUUAUUUUUAUAUAGUAGAUAAUAUAAUAUUUGCCGUAUUGUAUAGCUUAUAUAGCUUGGUAUAUUAAAAUAGUUUAUAAUUAUAUAUGUAUAUGUAUUACAAGAAAUUGCCAAAGAUCUAGCCCGUCUACAUACGCAACGCUCCGUGCGUCAUUAGACGAUUACCAAAGUUAAUUGUGAUAUUACGUAAAAUUAACAUUAUAUUACUUUAUAGAUAUAAUAUUUUGAUCUCAAUUAAUGUUAUUCUAACCUGUAUGUGAAAUUAAUUUGUAAUUUUAAAUGUAAAUAAUUGUGUAAUAUAAUACUGAAUGAAUAACUAAA